GGGGCUUGACUAGGCUUCUCGGGAAAGUUAGCAGGCGGCUUCGGAGCAGCUCGGAGCCAUGGCGCGCACGAAACAGACAGCGCGGAAGUCGACGGGCGGGAAGGCGCCGCGCAAGCAGCUGGCCACCAAGGCGGCCCGCAAGAGCGCGCCGGCCACGGGCGGCGUGAAGAAGCCGCACCGCUACCGGCCCGGCACGGUGGCGCUGCGCGAGAUCCGGCGCUACCAGAAGUCGACGGAGCUGCUGAUCCGCAAGCUGCCCUUCCAGCGCCUGGUGCGCGAGAUCGCGCAGGACUUCAAGACGGACCUGCGCUUCCAGAGCUCGGCCGUCAUGGCGCUGCAGGAGGCGAGCGAGGCCUACCUGGUGGGGCUCUUCGAGGACACCAACCUGUGCGCCAUCCACGCCAAGCGCGUCACCAUCAUGCCCAAGGACAUCCAGCUCGCCCGGCGCAUCCGCGGCGAGCGCGCCUGAGGCUCCUGCCGCCGCCCCUCUGGUGCUAGCAGACACUGAGACAGCCCACACAAACCCAAAGGCUCUUUUAAGAGCCACUCCAAGUGCAAUAAAAAGAGCUGUAGCACUCUUAAAUCAUCUGGGUUUAGAAUUAGUGAACAGUGCUGCUACCCUUUCCUUCCAGUCCUAAAUCUGUUACAUUCCCCCCCUCCCCCUUAAGAGUAACUAUGUUCCUUGGCUUAACUGGAUUCUCUUUCCCUCAUCCCUCUUCUACCCCUGCCCCCUUUGAGGUUUUUUUCCAUACUGUAACAUUUGAUUUGUAGUCCUGGCUACUCCUAAUUUUUUUUUUUUUUUG